AUGCUGGUCGCAGGAUGCCUGCUCCUGUCUGUCCUGGCCUUGGGGGCAGCGUUAUCCCUGCACCAGACUCCACCGGUCCUGUUUGCUGAAGUCGGCGGCACCGCAGAGAUCCUCUGCUCUCCUGGAGAGCCAGUGGAGGGAGGGAAAGGCAAAUAUUACUGGUACCUGAGAAGGGAAGGGAAGGUGCCCACCUGUGUCUGGAAAUGCCUGGAUGACAAUAACAAGAGCAGGUUUGCCUGCAAGCUUGAUAGACACGGCCUGACCCUGGAAAUCUCCAGCAUCCAGCACAACGACUCUGGUGUUUACUACUGUGCCGUUAAGUGGGGCUUUUACCUGGCUUUCGGCAAAGGAUCCAGGCUGAUAGUUGGAGACAGUUACACCCCCAGUGCCUCCGUGCUGCUCCUCGCUGCGUCUCCCCAGGGGACUGAUCUCUCGGGGACGGCUGAUCUGGCCUGUCUGGUCCGUGGUGUCUCCAACCCAGUGCACGUUGCCUGGACUAUUCCUGGGGCUUCUCAGGAACAGCAGCUGACCCGGUCAGUGAAGGGAAAGGACGGAGCCUUAAUGCUCAUUAAUCACAUCAGCAUCCCCGUGGCCACCUGGGCCAGCGCCGCAGCUGUCACCUGUGAGGUCUGGUUCAACUCCUCCGGCAGCAGUGUUCAGAGAAGCGCCUGGUUCAGGAAGCGUGACUCUUACUCUGCUGGUGAUACCUGUGAGCUGGCUCUGCCUUCGCCACUCAGGCUGUCCAGGUCUUCGGCCCCAGAGCUCGGCCCCUCCAGGCCCCACGGAGACGCAGUGUUGGGAGUCCAGUUACAUCUGCACCAGCCUCAGCGGUUCCUGUUUGUGGAAGUCGGUGGGACAGCAGAGAUCCCCUGUUCCUCCAGGGAAGAUUUGGAUGGGGGAGGAACUGUGCACUGGUAUCUGAGAAGGGUGGGUGAGGCCCCCACACGCAUGAAAGACUGUAUAAAUGAUAAAAAUGUGAGCAAAUUUGCUUGCAAGCAUCAGAGAUACAGCACAACACUGGAAAUCAGGGACAUCCAAAGGAAUGAGUCUGGCAUUUAUUACUGUGCACGUGCAGUCACUGGCUCUAUGACAUUUGGGAAUGGAACCACGGUGAUCAUUGGAGACAGCUUCACUGACAGCAGCUCCGUGCUGCUCCUGGGCCCUGUUGCAGGGGAGAAUGGAGCCAUGGACCCUGCACAUCUGGCCUGUGUGAUCCGGGGCGUCUCCAACCUCGUCUGGGUGUCCUGGCACGUUCCCGGAGAGGAGCGAGCCCAGGGGCUGCCGCGCUUGCUGAAAGCCAGUGAUGGGUCCUUAACACUCAUCCAUGGCAUCAGCAUCCCCUGGGCCAGCUGGGCCAGUGGGGCGACCGUCACCUGUGAGGUCACAUUCAACUCAUCUGGCAGCAGUGUUACCAGACAUGCCGUCUAUUCUGCACCUCCCUCCGCACCCUGCGUCAUGCUCUCUGUCGUGGCAGUGGGCAGUGCCCUGCUGCUGGUCACGGUGCCCCUGAGUCUCAUCUGGAUCCACUGCCCUCCCCGAUGGGGUUCCCGGCCCAGGGAAGCAGUACCUCGCAUCUCCCAGGAAAAUCAGGACGGACUCAUAUACACAGAGCUGGUAUUUAAGCCGCUGACUCCCCACAAACCAAGAUAGCACGAGGGAAGAACGUGACUCCCUGAACAGCCACAUCCACGGGGUCCUUCAUGCAGGGAUGGUGGCCACUUCUCUGCUAAUCAGCGUGAACCACACCAGCCGCUAAGAAGGCUCCACGGGGGACACACUCUCCCCUUGUGGGCGUUCAGACUGGGCAGGUCAGAGCUUGGCUGGGGGGACAUCAGUUUCCGUUGUUGUAGUAAAGACUCCCCAGGAGAACCGGGUGGAACAUUUCCCAUCAUGGGACAUUUCAACAGAAACACAAAUCUCACUUUUCCCCCCCUGAAAAUCCCAACUGCAAACAUCCCCUGCGGAUAGACAUCAGGUGGACUUUUGAGCUGUUCUUCAGUCAGAGACAAGAGACAAUCCCCAGGGAGCUGGGCCUGUGUCCAGCCCACAAUCGGACGGGAACCUGUGCUGCAGGAUCUGUGCUGCGCUCCCACACGAGCUGGGAGGAUGCUGCACUGUGCGUUUAGCACAUGCACUCUGAAUGCACUCAUCCCACGGUCGUUUCCCUGCCAUCAUUACCCGCACUAAUGAGAUCCACCUACUCUGUGCUAUGUUCCCCCAUGCCUUGGCUUUGUGCACCAGCCUUGUUUUAGCAGCGUGCUGACCAAAAAAUAAAACACCCAAAACUUUGUUG